AGGGGCGCGGAGCUCUCGGGGCAGGAGGGUGGCAGUUGGGGCAGUUGAGGAGGCGGUGGCGGCGGUGGCGGCGGCGGCGGCGGCGGUGGCCGCGGCUCCGCGCACAGGGGCUCCAGAUGGAAGCGGCGCCGGGUCCCGGGCCCGGGCUCUGCUGCAAGCCUGGCGGGCGGCUGGACAUGAGCCACGGCUUCGUGCACCACAUCCGACGGAACCAGCUCGCCCGGGACGACUACGACAAGAAGGUGAAGCAGGCGGCCAAGGAGAAGGCGAGGAGGCGGCACACGCCCGCGCCCACUCGGCCCCGAAAGCCCGACCUGCAGGUGUACCUGCCGCGACAUCGAGAUGGCUCUACCCACCCAAGCAACCCAGACUGUGAGGAGUCUGGUGAAAGCAGCACUAGUGGCAGCUCUGAGCCAGAGCCCCCUGGUCAUCAGCUCUUCUGCUUAGAAUAUGAGGCGGACAGCGGAGACGUCACUUCAGUUAUCGUGUAUCAGGAUGAUGAUCCAGGAAGGGUGAGCGAGGAGGUGUCGGCACACACACCUCUGGAGCCACCCAUGCGAGAGGCCCUCAAGUUGCGCAUCCAGGAGGAGAUUGCAAAGCGCCAGAACCGACACUGACCAGACUGGAGUCGCUGUCCAGGGAGCCGCCCCUAGUUUGGGGGUGCCAGGACCAGUCUGAGCUGAUCUUGAGGACCGGCCCCCCCGCCCCAGAGCUGCCACAUCCACAGGAAAAGGGUGUCACAGGGAUUACGCCUGGCCACCUCCCUUGUAGCCAUUCUUUCUCAUAUAUUGGCCCAUUUGACCAGCCUAAUGUUCUGGACGUUUUUGAGAAUUUUGUUUGGUUAGCUUGGUGUUCUGGAAGCAAAGAUUCCGGGGAGAGAUGAGGCUUAUGAGACCUUCUGCCAACGUGCUGCUUUCUCACCAAGGUCACGUGCCCCAGGGCAUCUGACCACACUGCUCCGCCCAGCUCCAUAAGCCCCGUUUGUUAUUUUAUGGUUCCUUUCUUCUGUGUUUCUGUUCACUUCCAUCCGUGCUUUCCUAGAUCAUCUUUUCAGCUCUGUUUCUUUGUUCUUUUCUUUCCUUCAUCUUUUUUGUCUCUCAAUCCAUCAGUUCCACCCCGCCCCCCACCUCCCAGUGUGACUGCGCACCUACGGAUGCUCAGGACUUUGGAGAUGGGGUUCUGGGGUCUACCUUUCUGACCAGCUCUCCCAGUAAUUCUGAUGCUAGUCAAGGGAGAUGAUCUUUGACGCCUACUUGUGAGCAUGUCUUCCUCCCCUUCCAUGGUUUUUGCAGGUUCCUCCCAUGCUCCACCACUUCACACAGUCUAGGUAAGGAGAUCUAGAAAGAUGACGCCAGAACUAAACUGUGAGGAUUUCUUGCAGCAAAACCUGCCAGGGUUCGGACUACAGAAUUCCAGCUUCCAACCUCAUCCCUAGCUGUGAACAGACCAUCCUCUGCUCAGGCUAAAAGGGAAUUAUCAAAACCAGCCUGAAACCGUGUUUCCAAUUGUGAUUUAACAGCCUUGAAUGUACAUACAAAGGGAAAUUCAACACUAGCAAUAAUUACCUGUUUCAAGCCCUAGUUGGGAAAAAGAAAAAAAAAAGCCUGAAGAGAGCCCUAGAGGGAGCGAAACAAGCCUCUUUCAUCUGCCCUUCCCCUGCUCUGUGCUUUCUCCUUUCCUACCUCCCAAGAGUAUAGAGUAUAUAAAACUCCCAACAGAUCCUGAGAAUAAAGAUCCCAGGAAUAUCACUGCUUUCACCUAAGUGGACAUUUUUCCUAAUGCAGGUUUGGGCUACAGUCUGAGAAAUCCACAAGCAAUCCCAUGCACUGCAGUUCCAAGCCACUUCAGUUUUCCAGCAAAUGGGCCUAACCUCAGUGACUUGAAGUAUGGGGUUUAAGUGAGCCCGUGAGCACUGAGACUUCUUCAAACCAAAGCCCCCUGCCCCAGAGGUUUUUCCUCAUCAGGGUCUCAAGAUCAGUCUGGCUGGUCCCUCUCAGCAGCUUUUCUCUUAAAGGACACCUGAGAGCACUUUUGGUUCAUGCCCUACACCCCUGAAAAUCUACCCCCUCUGAAAUGGGGCAAGGCAGCUACUUGGACUCCAUCGUUAAAGUGCAGCCAGUCACAGCUCGCUGGGAAGGUGAGUGAGGUGGAUAUAUCAGCAGGGCCUGUGGAGGCAGCCAGGGACCAGCAUGCUCCUGACCCCCAGAGCUGGCCCAAGGUUAAAUGCCUUAAACUUGCCAGUCCUGGGCUCAGUUCUGCUUUCAAAGGAGAAAGUCUGUCCUCGUUCAGCCAGGCUGGAAGUGCCUUUUGACUUUUAACGUUAACUACCCUCCAGAGCCUCCUGGGUCAGGGAGACUAUGCCAUACUCCAUCCCCAGCCUUCCUGCAGCUCAGAGCACCAGUCAUUUUCGUCUUCCAGCUCUUCAGCUGAUCUUCCGACUUGGACAUAGGAUUUCACUGGAACUUUUAGGCUUCCUAGUUUGGAAAUAUUUUGAGGUUCGUCUUCUCAUGGCUAGAUGGCCCAUUUCCUGGAUUUAUUGUAGAAUUGAGAAGUCCAGAAGAGGAGGUUGGGGGCAUGGCGCCUGAAAUUUUAGCCUCCGUUCCUGUGAGAAUUGUGUACCUAUCCUGUCCUUCUGUGUGUUUAUCGUGUAAUCCUAACACUCUCAGGUAAGAGAAUGAUGGGAAUAUCUUGCUUGUAAGCUUUUUCUUGAGGCCCUUUGCUUUUAUCAAGUGCAUAUAAAAUAUUUUCCACCCAAGAAAA